UGGGUGCCUCCUCUGCGCCUGCGCGCCGGUCUGCUGGGUCGGCAGGGGACGGGCUCUGGGUCGGCGUCGCGCAGUCCGUGGUGCCGCGACCCGGUCGCUCUUCACGCCUCACUGCGGCAUCGCGUCGAGUCCCCUAGAGCUCGGCGGGGUGUGGGGAGGCUACAAGAAUUAAAUUCUGAGUAAGCCUACAGGUAGGAUGGACAGUUACUUUAAAGCAGCAGUCAGUGACUUGGACAAACUUCUUGAUGAUUUUGAGCAGAACCCAGAUAAACAAGAUUAUCUCCAAGAUGCACAGAAUGUAUAUGCUUCUAAUCACUGUUCAGUUUCUUCAGAACCAGCCUCUCCACAGCUAGUUUUACUGUUGCCGAAGGACCAAAGAUGUGGUGGUAGUUGUGCCUCAUCAGAAACAGGCUCUGAAACAAAUGAGACUUUCCUCAACAAGGAAACACAUGAGGGGUCAACUUGUAGACAGAAUGAAAAAAAUGUAACAGGACUUGAUCUUCUUUCUUCGGUAGAUGCUAGUACUUCAGAUGAAAUCCAGCUUUCAUGUAUGAGAAGAUGUAGUAAACCUGUCUGUGACUUGAUAAGUGACAUGGGUAACUUAGUACAUGCCACCAAUAGUGAAGAAGACAUUAAGAAGUUAUUGCCAGAUGACUCUAAGUCUAGUGUAGAUGCUUUAAUCGCAUUGGAUUUGUCUUCAGUUUCAGAUGCUCUCACUGUCUCUGCAUUAGACCAUGGUACUAAUGUUGUUGGAGAAGAACAGAAUGACAUCAACUCUGGCCUACAAAACAGAGCUAUUAGUAGGAUUAAAGAAUUGGGUGUAAAAGUAGACACAGCACUUUCCGAUUCUUGUAAAUAUAGUGGAACAGAAAAUUUAAAGGAUGAAAAGGUCCCUAAUGAGUUAGAAACAAUUGAUUUUGACGUUUCGUCUACUUUGACUGAACAAAGUUCUGAAACAACUAAUGCCAAAGAUAACCCACAGUACAAGAGGCUUCCAUGUGAGGUUUUAAAAGGUGAUGGCUGUUUGGCAGAAGAGAGAGUGGAUGUGGCAGUCAUAAAUACAGAGUGUUUAGAGGAAGGCAGUAACACAAUUGCUAGGCCUUACAAUCUUCAAAAAAAUGAAGGGUUAUGCCUAAGUGACCCAAAUUCAAAAGAUGAAAACUUCAAGUUACUUGACCCUUCAUUUCAGGAAGACAGUACUGCUGUACUUAUGAAACAGUUAGUAAAAAAAGACUCAAGAAACUUAGACCUUAAAGACAAUGAUGAUACAGUCCAGAUUUCUUCUUCAUCUUUGCAUGUUCCAAGGGAAGGUGUAUCCUCUUCACUGCCCUGUCUUUCAUCGUCUGGGUUUUUGUGUGAACCCUUAAUUGACAAUAAUGUGUGUGGUGAUUUUUUACCUCCUGAUAAGUGUGAAGAUCAGAAAGAUGUAAGGACUCUGCUUGAAGAAGUACAGAAGAAUACUGUUUUAGAUGGGGACAUCCUUAGGGAGGCAGAUAUUUUGAAAAAGGAAAAGUGUAAAAGCAUGUUUCUUCAGUCAGUAAAGGAAAAGAAAGAGGAUGGGAAGGUUGAACCUGAACAGAUGGUAAUCCAUGGUGAAUCUUUGGAGUACCCUGAGGAUACCAGCUCUUCUGCAGCUGCAGAGUCUCAAAUGGCACUCUAUGCUUCGAAUGCCUCAGAGUCUCCUGACAGAUAUGAAGGGCUCACCUUUGCCAGCAGUGAUAUGGACGGACAGGAGUUAGAUUACUUCAAUAUUGAUGAAAGCAUAAGAAGUGGUACACUAAUCAGUGAUGCUGAACUAGACGCUUUCCUGAAAGAACAGUGUCUUCAGGACCCUAACACAAUGUCUUUUGAAGACAGAUUAAAUGAUUCACAGUCUCAGAUGAAUCAGAUAGAUAUGCAAAGAUUAAAUGAUGAAAGUGCCGGUGAUACAUAUUUCAAUGCUGAAGCUGGAGCCGCUGGUGAAAAUGGAGAUAUUGUGAUUUGUGAAACAAUUGAUAAAGAAAACAGAGUGGAAAAUGGUGAUGCUUCUGCAGGGGAAAGUAUAGUUCCAGCCAGUAAGUCUGACACAGCGAAUGAAUUGCCAGUCUCUAGUAUUAACACCCAAGCUGUUGGAGGGGCCAGACCUAAGCAACUUCUUAGCCUUCCACCAGGGACAAGGAGUUCAAAGGAACUGAGUAAGCCAGACAUCCAAGAUGUGCCAGAAAGUGAGGCAAGCACAGCAAAUGCUAUUGCUGUCUCCACUUGCUCUGCCGACCAUAUACCUGAUUCUCAGGUUAGCUUCAAUUCCAAUUACAUUGACAUAGAAAGUAAUAUUGAGGGUGGAUCCAGUUUUGUAACUGCAAACAAGGAUUCUCUGCCUGAAAGCAUUUGCAAAGAAGGUUUGGUUUUGGGCCAGAAACAACCUACUUGGGUUCCUGAUUCAGAAGCUCCAAACUGUAUGAACUGCCAAGUCAAAUUCACUUUUACAAAACGGCGACACCACUGCCGAGCAUGUGGGAAAGUAUUUUGUGGUGUCUGUUGUAACAGGAAAUGUAAGCUUCAGUAUCUAGAAAAGGAAGCAAGAGUAUGUGUAGUCUGCUAUGAGACUAUUAAUAAAGCUCAGGCAUUUGAAAGGAUGAUGAGUCCCAGUGGUUCUUGUCUUAAGUCUAAUCAUUCUAAAGAUUGUGCCACCACCCAGCCACUUGAGGAGACCCACACAUCCAGUAUACUUUCACCUACAACUUUGCCCAUCUCAGCACUGAAACAACCAAAUGUUGAAGGUCCAGGCUCCAAAGAACAGAAGAGAGUGUGGUUUGCAGAUGGCAUACUGCCUAAUGGUGAGGUUGCUGAUACAACGAAACUAUCAUCUGGAAGUAAAAGAUGCUCGGAUGACUUUAGUCCUGUCUUACCUGAUGUGCCCACAAUUAUAAAUAAAGUGGAUCAUACCCAUUCUGCACUAGUGGAAAAACCAAAAAAUGAAAUAGGAGAUAUUAUAAGAACUGAGAUAACUCAGAGUCCUGUUUCUCAUGUUACACCGGUGGAAAAACCGCCUCUGCGCACAGGCACUGAAGGUUUGCCCAUGCCUGGCCCUUUCUCACUGGAAGAUGAUGUUUUUGUGGACAGCGAGGAGCCAUCUCCUGCUAUUGUACCUGCCCACCCUGGUUUGCCUGCUGAUAGUGUCUCAGACUACAGGCUAUUGUGUGACAUUGCCACUCAUGUCUGUACCCAGAUUAGUCUUCUACCUGAGGGUGAGGUUGCUUUGCCUCCCCUUCUGGCCACAUCUGGAGAAGGAUCAGUGUCUGUAGUACAAGAACACCCAUCUCAUGAGCAGAUCAUUUUGCUUCUUGAAGGUGAAGGAUUUCCUCCUGCCACAUUUGUUCUAAAUGCUAACCUACUUGUGAAUGUCAAGUUAGUAUCUUAUGCCUCAGAUAAAUAUUGGUACUUCUCAACUAAUGGAUUGCAUGGCUUGGGACAGGCAGAAAUUAUUAUCCUGUUGCUAUGUUUGCCAAAUGAGGAUACAGUUCCUAAGGACAUCUUUAGACUGUUCAUCACCAUAUACAAGGAUGCUUUAAAAGGAAAGUACAUAGAAAACUUGGACAGUCUGACCUUUACUGAGAGUUUUCUCAAUAGCAAGGAUCAUGGAGGGUUCCUGUUUAUUACACCUACUUUUCAGAAGCUUGACGAUCUCCCAGUACCAAGGAGUCCUUUUCUCUGUGGUAUUCUCAUCCAGAAACUGGAGAUUCCUUGGGCAAAGGUUUUUCCUAUGCGCUUAAUGUUGAGAUUGGGAGCAGAAUACAAAGCGUAUCCUGCUCCUCUAACAAGUAUCAGAGGCAGAAAACCUCUUUUUGGAGAAAUAGGACACACUAUAAUGAACUUACUUGUUGAUCUUCGAAAUUACCAGUAUACAUUGCAUAACAUCGAUCAGCUGUUGAUUCAUAUGGAAAUGGGAAAAAGCUGUAUAAAAAUACCUCGGAAAAAGUACAAUGAUGUAAUGAAGGUAAUAAAUUCUUCUAAUGAGCAUGUCAUCAGCAUUGGAGCUAGUUUUAGCACAGAAGCGGAUUCUCAUCUGGUGUGUGUACAAAGUGAUGGGGUUUACCAAACUCAGGCCAAUAGCGCCACUGGCCAGCCAAGAAAAGUGACAGGAGCAAGUUUCGUGGUAUUCAACGGUGCUCUGAAAACAUCCUCAGGAUUUCUUGCCAAGUCCAGCAUAGUUGAAGAUGGCUUAAUGGUACAAAUAACUCCAGAGACCAUGGAUGGCUUACGGCUGGCUUUACGAGAGCAAAAGGACUUUAAGAUUCCUUGCGGGAAAGUUGAUGCAGUAGACCUAAGAGAGUAUGUGGACAUCUGUUGGGUGGAUUCGGAAGAAAAGAAGAAUAAAGGUGUUGUCAGUGCAAUAGAUGGAAUAUCAUUAGAAGGAUUUCCAAGUGAAAAAAUUAAACUGGAAACAGAUUUUGAAACUGAAGACAAGACUGUGAAAUGCACUGAGGUGUUCUACUUCCUAAAGGACCAAGAUGCAUCUGUUUUAUCAGCUAGUUACCAGUUUGCAAAAGAAAUAGCCAUGGCUUGUAGUGCCGCCCUAUGCCCUCACCUGAGAACUCUGAAGAGUAACAGAAUGAACAGAAUUGGACUCAGAGUUUCCGUCGACACUGAUAUGGUUGAAUUUCAGGCAGGCUGUGAAGGACAACUUCUGCCUCAGCAUUACCUAAAUGAGCUCGAUAGUGCGCUGCUACCUGUGAUCCACGGUGGGACCUCAAGCUCUAGUGUGCCCUUACAAAUAGAGUUAGCAUUUUCCAUUUUAGAAAACCUUUUUGAGUGAAAGAAAGUGUAUGUUGCAAACUCAUCUGUUAAAAUGAAUCCCAUCACUAAAACUGAAAUGUUACGAACACUAAAUGUUUGAUAAUGGAAAUAUAUAAUUUUGCUUUUUAGGCAGGAAUGAUUUUUCAGAAUCAUUAGCACAAUAUUUAAAUAUCUAAAAAUUUAAGGAAUCCACCAUUUUAUAGCUUUAUGUUUAUUAUAAGAACUAAGAAGAAAAAAUAGUUCUUCUAACUUAAAAUUUAUAGUAUUUACUGUGUAACUUAAAUGUCAAGCCAAAGUAUCUGCACUUAGUUAUACCUCCUUAUGCCAAGAAUGAUUUUAAUGAAGGAGACACUUGUUUUGUGAAUAUGCUUGUGAGAAUACUGGUUUCAAAGUCUUUAAAAUGUAUUGCAGUAGUGAAGACCAGUUUCAAGACUCUAGACUUCUGUUUCUUUGACAAAAGCUGAUAACUUAUUUGUAUAAAUGGAAUGGAGACUUACCUCCAUGAUUAGAUAAACUGUUUGUUUAAACUUAGAAUUUUGCCUUUA